UCCAGAUGAGAAGCUUAAAAUGACUUAUGUGCCUAAAUCGCUUUCCCGUGCAAUACUUGCUUGCAGAGUAGGUUCUGCAGUCUACAUAUGAAAGCCUGUAGGAGGAGCGUACGAACAGGGGCAUAUUGUUGCAGAAGCAGCUAUGCAUUCUUAGUUUGCACAGCUGCCUGUCUUGGCAUGUGCCUGAGUGGCUCAGUUUGCACAAAGAUGCUCUGGACUGUGGUGAUGUCUCUAGGUGGAAUUCAAGACUCCCAAGAGUUGCCUGUGGAUGUAUUUCAAGAAUCAAAACCACCAGUUCUAACAUGAAGCGCGGUGAAAUCCUUCUAGUGAAGCAGUUUUGUUUGACUUGCUAUAUGGUCGUAAUUGGGACUUUGGCCAGUAAUUAACUGCAGUAAGAUUCUCUGCAGGCUUUUGCUUUAUUGAGUGGUGUCAAUAUAAGGUUAGAAGACGAACUGUGUUAAUAUCCUAAUAAGUACCUACAGCAGCGUAGAAACUAUAUGGCCAUUAUGGAUUGACUGUGGCCCUAGAAAGUGGCCGUGUGCAUGGCUACUGCAUAAUCAGAACGCCUCUGCUAAUGUGAGGCUACCCUGUCAUCCAUCAUUGGGGUGCAGACCUAGGCAGAAAUGCUUCUCCUGGAACUGGCAGAGCUUGUACCAGACAGCUGAUAAGCCCUCUUGAAUAUUUGGCAUAUGGUUUUCAUACUGUCAGAGGAUGCGAAUAAUAGUAGUCCGUCUGUGCAGGUUGUGAACAGUGGUAGAUAUGGAAAGACUGGUUGAACGGUUGGAGAAGGCUGUGGAGCGCCUGGAGGUGGUGUGCCAAGGACCUGGCAUGUGUGGAGAUGAUACUUCCAAAGGAGUGGCGCAGUAUGUGCAGGCUUUCGAUGCUCUUCUAGCUGGCCCUGUAGCUGAAUACAUCAAGAUCAGCAAAGAAGUUGGUGGGGAUGUGCAGAAGCAUGCUGAGAUGGUUCACGCAGGCUUGAUGAGCGAGCGGUCUCUUUUGGUGAUAGCAUCUCAACAUCAGCAGCCGACAGAGAGUAAGCUGUCAACACUUCUGAAACCAAUUUCAGAGCAAAUCCAGGUGGUGCAAAACUUCAGGGAGAAGAACCGUGGUAGCAAACUGUUCAAUCACUUAUCAGCUGUCAGUGAGAGCAUCCCAGCCCUGGGCUGGGUGGCCAUGGCUCCAAAGCCUGGCCCUUAUGUGAAGGAAAUGACUGAUGCUGCCAUGUUUUAUACCAACCGGAUCCUUAAGGAGUACAAGGAUGUAGAUAAAAAGCAAGUGGACUGGGUGAAAGCUUAUCUGAGUAUCUGGACAGAGCUGCAGGCCUAUAUCAAAGAGUAUCACACCACAGGGCUGACUUGGAGCAAAACAGGUCCAGUAGCAACAGAAGGGGCUAAUGUGCUGUGUGCGCCCCCAGGUGGGGCUGCGCCUCCCCCACCGGGCCCUCCUCCCCCACCUGCUCCUGCCCCCGCGAGCGCCAGCACAGACACCUCUGCCUCUCGCUCAGCGCUGUUCGCCCAGAUCAAUCGGGGAGAAGACAUCACCUCCAGCCUGAGACAUGUUUCAGAUGACAUGAAGACCCACAAGAAUCCAGCACUGAAGAACCAAGGGGGUCCUGUACGAAGCGGACCCAAACCUUUCACUGCUCCCAAACCAGCAUGUAGCGGUAAUCCCUCCACAAAAACCUCUCCAAAGGAACCUCCAUUGCUAGAAUUAGAGGGCAAAAAGUGGAGAGUGGAAAACCAGGAGAAUGCCACUAACCUGGUGAUCAGCGACACAGAGUUGAAGCAAGUAGCAUAUGUUUUCAAGUGCACAAAUAGUACACUCCAAGUCAAAGGCAAGAUCAACUCUAUCACCAUCGAUAACUGUAAGAAGCUAGGUCUGGUGUUUGAUGAUGUGGUGGGCAUCGUGGAGAUCAUAAACAGCAGGGACAUUAAAGUUCAGGUAAUGGGUAAAGUGCCAACGAUUUCCAUCAACAAGACAGAUGGCUGCCAUGUUUAUCUGAGCAAGAACUCCCUAGACUGCGAAAUCGUCAGUGCCAAGUCAUCAGAGAUGAACGUCCUUAUUCCCACGGAGGGCGGUGACUUUACUGAAUGCCCUGUCCCAGAACAGUUCAAGACAGUGUGGAACGGUCAGAAGUUGGUUACCACUGUGACAGAAAUCGCUGGCUAAGCAGAAAAGCUCCAAGGCUCAUGCCUUCCCCUGGCCCUGCUGUGGGACAAAUCUGCUUUCAGAUGAUUCUCUUAGAUUUCCUGUACCUUUCUGCUCUCAAACUGCUUCUCUUCUACCUGAGAGACACAGCUACCUGCCAUCACUGAAAUACCUCUGGCUGGGAUUUGGUGGUGGUGGUGGUGGGUCAGUUAUUGUCCACGUCUAUUAGCAGGAAGGUUUUUUUUUUUUUCCCUCCCCUUGUCCAAUCUAACUGCACCAAUUGAUCAUGUCAGAUUUUGAGUGAACUUCACAGCCAGUAUUGGCAGUUGGCUUUCAGAGUGUUGUUUGGGUGGUGGUGUGUUUUUUUUUUUUUUUUUAAUUGCCUUUAAGCAAACUCUUCAUGUGAGAGAAGAAAGCUGUCCCCUUUUUUUGAGUCAACAAAUAACAGUGUCUAGGGUCCAGAGUACGCAGUUGCUAUGGCAGAUGUCUCAAGGAUGCCCUGGAAGCUGCUAAUUCCAGCUCUGUGUAUUAAUCACUGGCAUUACAGGACAUGGGAACAGUUUUGUUGGACCAAAGGCUGAGGACUUGGGCUGUAGCAUUCCACCCUGACUUCCCGUUCAUCAUUCCUACUAGCUCAGUGUAUUUCUGAUUGUGCCAUGACAGGAGGCUUUAUAUUAACUGGUGCCACAGGAAGACUGCAGUGGAGUGACUGCAGUAACCCUCCCCCAGCAGUCCAGCUGGAAGCUUGAGCUGAGCACCUUUCCAUGAGCCCUCCACCCUCUAAAGGGAAUCUUUGCCCCAGGGCUUCCUUCUCAGAGCAGCUGAACUCAGGUUCAGUCUUCCAGGACACUUCUCAACCUGUCCCCUUCUGCAGAGGAAGGGUCUCCUUCAUUCCAGGGUCAAUAGUGCAGUAUAGUAAACAUCUGAGUUGGAACAAGUUGGUUCAUCACUCUUUCUCAUUGGUGUUCAGUCACCAUAGAGUGAAACUUCUCAAUCUCCCCUUUCCCCUGUUGCUUGGCUCUUUACUUUGCGGGAGGCUUGCAGUCUCUGUUCCAGGGCCCUGGAGUAGAGCAAUGAAGCUAAGACACAGUACUGUACUGACCUAUACAGGGCGCUGCACGUGCUUUGACCUUCAUGUUUCCAAUGCCUCGGGUGGCAUAAGCAUAUCUUAAAGGCAUUUCCUCUGUAAAGUGUCAAUGUUCUCUUUCUCUAGGACAAAACUUACAAAAAAAUAUGCAAUUUUUUUAUUUUGAGACUGUCCUGUGACUUGUACUUGUCUUCUCCUGAGGCUUGUGGAAAAACCUUUCUUAUGUACUUGAGAUUAUACAGAAGAUAGAAUAAAGUUAAUGCCAACUUGCUCAUUA